CCCUUCUUCCCCCUCAAGCAGAGGCGGUGUCGCGGUGUUUUGGUGUAUUGUGCAGCGUCGUCAGCUGCAGACUUUCUUCGCUUUCUCGGGAAUCAUCAGCCCAGCGAAGUGUGGCACGAUUUAUUUGAACUGAUAUCGAUAAACGUGUUACCUUGGCGUGACACCUGUUGACGCGGCUGCUAGGGGAAGUCGGCGUGGCCUCUUCGCAACGCAAUCGAGCGCAGCGGUACAGCCAGUACAGCUGCACUGAUGGCACAUGACUGAUCCAGAGAUCGGCUUUGUGAGUGAUGUGACGGGGCAGCUAUGGACUUGAGAUCAACCGAGUACCGUCCGCUCUUUGGCGGCCCCGUCGACAGGCCACUGUUCGACGAGAAUAACACGCGGGAACGGAUCCUGCAUCUGAUUAUAGGAGCUGUAACUGUAGUUUUUGUUUUGAUUACAUUUAUCCUAGCAUUCUUUUACUCGGUCCGGCCACCAUGUGGAAGGCACAUCUAUUAUGCACUUUGCAUCCUUUGCCUUUGUUUCGCCCAUGCAAUGCUGAUCCACUGGUACAGAGAGGGAGGAGUCGAUCCGAAGUUUCGAAACCUCAUUUAUGCUAACACUGUGAUUAUACACCUGUUCUGCAUAUCUGCCAUCACUUAUUUUGUGCAUGGUUGUUAGAAGGUAUUUUAUAAUGUGCUUCGGCAGACAGCACACCACUCAGCGGCUUCUCUUUGAGAUGCUGCCGAAGGCCAGCUUCUCUCUCAGUUUUGAAAGAUGAGGUUGGGAUGGACCUUCGUUCAAGUCGUUACAUUCGGCGUUGUAUUUGAUUCGUUAACUGAACUGCUAAGAGAUCCAUAUUUACUACAGGCAGGUUACUAAGCUGCACUUCAUUGGUAGGCACAAUUACAUACAGCACUUGUCAUUAGAGCUGAUCAUUUUCUGUUGCGUAGACACUUUGUAAAUGUAACGUGGUACCAGUGUGCUCUAAAGGCACCACGUGUGAUAGUAACUUUGAAGUAUAAUUCACAUUUGCAAGUACGUCCACAAAGCCAUUGUGUAUUUCCGGUUCCUGCUUUUUGAAGCAUGAGGAACCGUUUUUUAUUGAUGGCUGCCUGUUGCUUUUCAAGUGUUUAAAUGGUCUUUAUUAUAGUAACUAUUGCAGCGUGUAGCUGCACUCUUACAGAUGGUGCCUUCUUUACGCUUUUCAUAUGAAAUACAUAAAUAGCUAGGUGCAAACAAACUGUUUGCACAAAAGAAACGCUUGCAUGUGCCUUGUACCUGACAGUGUGAUUAGUGACACACUGUUAUUUGUUGAAGCAAGCAGUGGUCUCAAGGAAAUCUUGUGUUUAGCAGACACGUUUCCCCGCUGCAUUUUUGGCAUGCUACCUUUUGCCUCACAAAACGCUACAUUCCAGGAUCCCAUAUGAUGCUGUUCACUUUUAUCCUCGUCAUCAUUGCACAAAAGCAUCAUUGCACUAGUACUUGUGGAAGUAACAAGUUUCUGUACUUCCUGCAGUUUACUUUUUCUUAAGUAGCUUCCCUCUCACUGUUGUGUAAGCGAGAGAUUUCUUGAAAUUCUGAUUUUUCACUGGGAAUGUAUGUUUUGAUCAGGGAAAUUAAAGAUAUUUAGGAAAUAUCUCAUUUAAA